UCUCUUACAGCUCUCCAACGACUCGGGGCCACAUGUCCAUCCCUCUCCACCUUCUAUAUCCUUUUUGUGAUCUUUGUUUUGUCCACUAUCUUCUACUGCCACCAGCGCUUGGCUCUGGUGCCUGCACCUUGGGCCUCUUCAGCCCUCGUGGUCUUAGCCCCAAGAAACCUGCCUCAGGAGGGCAUGUUUACCAUAAAUGUCAAAGGCCGCCUGGGGAACCAGAUGGGCGAGUAUGCCACGCUGUUCGCACUGGCCAGGAUGAACGGAAGGCCUGCAUUCAUCCCCGAAUCCAUGCACAGCGCCCUGGCGCCCAUCUUCAGGAUCAGCCUCCCGGUGCUGCACCACGACACAGACAGGAAGAUCCCAUGGCAGAACUAUCACCUCAACGACUGGAUGGAGGAGCGUCACCGCCACAUCCCAGGGCGCUAUGUGCGCCUCACAGGGUACCCGUGCUCCUGGACCUUCUACCACCACCUGCGCCCUGAGAUCCUGCAGGAGUUCACCCUGCACGACCACGUGCGUGAGGAGGCCCAGGCCUUCCUGCGUGGCCUGCGGGUGAAUGGGAGCCAGCCGAGUACUUUUGUGGGUGUCCACGUGCGCCGGGGGGACUAUGUGCAUGUCAUGCCCAACGUGUGGAAGGGCGUGGUGGCUGACCGGGGUUACUUGGAACAGGCCCUGGACAUGUUCCGGGCGCGCUAUCGGUCUCCAGUCUUUGUAGUCACAAGCAACGGUAUGGCCUGGUGCAAGGAGAACAUCAAUGCUUCCCGGGGGGAUGUGGUGUUCGCUGGCAAUGGUAUUCAAGGAUCACCUGCCCGGGACAUGUCACUGCUCUUGCAGUGCAACCACACCAUCAUCACCGUGGGUACCUUCGGGAUUUGGGCUGCCUACCUCACAGGUGGGGAUACUGUUUACCUGGCUAACUUCACUCAGCCCAGCUCCCCCUUCAACAUGAUUUUCAAGCCACAAGCAGCCUACCUGCCCAAUUGGGUUGGCAUUGCUGCUGACCUGGGCCAGGCUCAACAGAGGAACCUCUAGCCAUGCCUCAAUCCGGCCCCAAGAGGCAGUGGAGACUUGAUGCUGUGUACACACUCGGUAUCCCAAGUGCAGUUCCAGUCCAGUAAUGUCACCCUGAAAAUGUGAGCAGUCUUGGCUUACCUCAGCAGCAACAUGCUCAGGUGACUUGAGUUCUCAGCCUCCUGCUGCAUCUGGAGUGCUUUCACAUGGAGGGCAGUGUCUUAGCUAGGGCUUCUAUGGCUGUGAUAAAACACCAUGACAGUAAACAACUUGGGAAGGAAGGUGCUUAUUUCCGCUUAUACUUCCGCAUCACAGUCUAUCACUGAGGAAGUCAGAGCAAGAACUCAAAACGGUAGAACCCUGGAGGCAGGAGCUGAUGCAGAGACCAUGGAGGAUGCUACUCACCAGUUUGUUCCUCAUGGCUUGCUGAGCCUGCUGCCUUAUAUGACCCAGGACCUCCUGCCCAGGGGUGGCACCCCCCAGGGUGAACUGGCCUUUCUACAUCAAUGGAGAAAAUGCACGGGCAAAUCUGGUGGGGCAUUUUUCCAAUGGAUACUCGUCCAGAAAGACUCUAGUUUUGUCAAGGUGACAUAAAACUAGCCAGCAGAGCCAGCUUUCCUUCCUGCAUCACCCACUGGUAGGUAGGGUCCUGGGAGGUGUUUGGUGAUGGCGUAGCUCCUGCUCUGGUGUUAAGGGGACAUGGCAUUUCUAGCAGCUGGGAACCUGGGCUUCAGGGUAGUGGCCUUAUCAGGGAAGGGAAGGGAAGGCAAGUUGAGGGGGCAGGUCUGAUGAAAGUGCCAGGGUGGUGGACAACAGUUGUGGGAUAUUUGAUCACAUUGUGAAUCUCAAGUAAUUAAAUAAAAUCCACCUUGGCUCAAGGGGCGGAGUCAGCAACUAGUUGACUGCAAUUAGCCAUAGAGAGUCCAGAGGAGCCAGGAUUAUGGAUAGACGCACAGGAAGGAGGAGGGUAGGACUGGAGUUUCUCUGUGCUUUUUGGUUUGGGACAAGUGGAGAGAUAUAUCUCUUGCUGGGUCUCCAGCCAAAAAGAAAGGUCAGCUGGUUACUUCUCAGCCUCUCUGAUCUAGCAGGUUUUCACCUCCAUAUCUGACUUCCAAGUCUUUGUUGAUAAAUAGAACCAUAGAGACAGCUGGGUGGCGGUGGCACAUGCUUUUAAUCCCAGCACUCGGGAGGCAGAGGCAGGAAGAUCUCAGUGAGUUCAAGGCCACCCUGGUCUAUAAAGUGAGUUCCAGUACAGUCAGGACUGUUACACACAGAAUCUCAGUCUUGAAAACAAAAACAAAAACAAAACCCCAAUAGUUUAAACCUGUAUUUCCUUCCAGGUUAUGGGCUGAGUGGCCUGCAGGGCACUGACUAGAGGGCUGUGGGGUCACAGAUGAUAAUUAAAAUAUCAGUAUUUUCAUGCGCAGCUGAUGGGGGAGGUCCUUCUGUGUAUGCUUAUCUUAUUGGUUGUUAAAUAAAGCUCUGUUGGCCAAUAGGGAAGCAGACAGGUGGGACUAGGAGCUGAGGGGAUUCUGGGAAAUGUAGUAAAUAGAAGUCUUGUGAUCUAGGCAGGAAGAGAUAUAGUAGGGACAAGCAGGAUAUCACUCUCUUCCUGGCCAAGUUUCUAUAUUUUAUCAUAAUCCCCAUGGUACGGAUAUCGCCCCCAACCAGCAGGAAGCAGUUUGGAAUGAACGACACCCAAAUUUCCCAAAUAUUGUUUAUAAAUGUUUGUUUUCAU